AUUUUCAUUUAGGAAAGUAAAGAUGGCGCUAAAUUUGUCAUUGUUGUGUAAGGUCUGCUGCAGUUAGACGAUUUUGUCGUCCUAACGAUCACUGGGGAUCUUCUACGCAUCUUAUAUCUCAACAUCCAAUCUUGAGGAUCGCAAGGCUCCACCAUGGAUAAGAAGAUCCUUGCCCUAAGUGAAGAGGGGGAUGUGGACUCACUUACCAAACUUCUGAAGACACUGGGUCCUAACCAGCUUGAGGAGUUUAUUGAUGUUCGUGUACUCAGAGGCAAGGGGAACCCCACAACCUUCCUACGGGCAGUCUUCCACGGUGCUCCCUGUGAGUCAGCAGAGGGCGCUGCCGUACGUGUGAGUGUGUACAAACAUGUGUUGGAGCUACUGGAGGGAGGAGAUGUCAGCUCCAAGAUGGGCUCCGAGCUGCUCGGCUUCUUACUCAUGGAGGUUGAGUUCCUCCCACCCAGUGCCGUGGUUGAGCUGGCCCAGGUGUUUGUGGAUGCUGUGAAAAGUGGAAAUGUCACAAAUACCAAGUCAUUAGAUCUGUUCUCCAAGUUGUUAUCAUCACUUGCAUCAAGGGAGACCGUGAGCUAUGGAAACGGUAACCAGAUGACAGGAGCAGAGUGUAAGAGUCACAUCCUGAACUCCCUCUGUUCUAGCAGGUGGGACUCCAGCUGUGUCAUACACCUGGCUGCAGUCUUCAGGGACAUCCCCACCACCAAUGAUGAACUGAAGUUUGUGAUGGAGAAGAUUCUGCGCUCGUUCCGCCAUGUUGACCUUCAGGAGCUGCCGCCACUCGUGUAUCAACUGCUACUGCUGUCCACUAAAGGCUUCAAGCGCCUGGUGCUAGAAGGGAUCACCUCCUACUUUGCAGAGCAGGACCAGACUGUUAAACAGCAAGAAUCAGAACAGAGUGAGGACAUGCUGUCCAGUCUGACAGCAGACCAGCUGUGCCACAUGGAGGGGACCAUCAUCCUCCACAUCACCUUUGCCAUCAAACAAGACCAGGACCUCGGCAGGGAGUUUGUCAAGUUUCUAAAGGCUGGCCAGCAGGGGUCUCUCACCAAGAUCCUCUCCCCCUUUAACGUUGCACUGGCACUGUCUGUGGCACGUAUUCAGAGGUUUGAGGAGCCUAUCUUUGAGUUCCUGAAGAGUGCCAUCAGCCGGAGUUUCAAGGAUGAACAGAUCAGGCAGGGGUCAAAAUGGGUCACAGAAAUGGUUCCCGAGUCCAGUAAUGUGACUGAGUCUUUGCUGGAGACUGUUAAAAACAGUUCUUACGGUUGGGACCACGUGACACAGGGCCUGGUACAGCUGGGCUUCACCCUCAUGGACUCCUUUGGUCCAAAGCUUGGCCCUGCUGGUAGGGUGGUGGAGUCAUCUGGAGGCACACCCAAGUCUCCCACACAGCUGGCAUGCAGUCUGGGGGCCCAGAUACUGGUCAACACAUUUAAGGUUCAUGAGAUGGUACGGUCCGACAUUCUGGAGCAAAUCCUGAACCGAGUUGUUACCAAGGCAACCAGCCCUGUCACCCACUACAUAGAGCUUCUGUCAAACACCGUCAGCACAGUGCCCCAGACUCUACUGGAAUGUCUUCCCAAAGUACGGGACUCCUUUGACUACCUGUCCUACCUGCCUGCUGCUUCAGCCGAGGGCCUUCUUAAGGCUGUACAGCCCCUCCUGAAGCUGAGCAUGCCCCUGAAGGACACCCUGAUGUUGGUGCUGAGGAAGGCCAUGUUCUCACGACAGGCAGAUGCUCGGAAGGUGGCCGUGACCGGUUUCCUCAUGAUCCUUCGCCACUUCAAGGUGCUGGGUGGUCUGCCCUGCAGCCAGUCCUGUAGCCAGUCUUUCUCAUUCAGCCAGAUCCAGGUUGAUAUCCACACCCCUCCCAGCAGUGCUGGUAACGAGGCCCUGUGUCUGGAGAUCCUGGGGAACCUGCGCAGGUGUCUGACCCAGCAGGCUGAUGUCAGGCUGAUGCUGUAUGAGGGAAUGUACGAUGUUCUGAGCAGGAACCCGCACCUGGGUCCCCCCAUCCUGGAGAUGCUUCUGUCGCAGUUCAGGCGGUACUACGAGGCUGAAGAUGAUGUGACACCCCCCCUCCAACUGGACCCCUGCAUCACAGCUCAGGGAGACCAGACCUUCUUACUAGAGCCUCUGGGUCACCUGCUUUGCUCCAUGGUCCAGUGCCUUCUGAAGUGUCAACAGCUGGCCAGCGAAUCAGAAGAGCCGGAGGAUGAUGAGGCUCUGACAGCCAUCCAAUCAGAGCUGGGUACCAUCCUGGAAUCUCUGACCCGAAGAAUGAUCAAGUGUGAGAUGGAGGAUUUUGAAUUGGACAAGUCUGCAGACUUCUCCAUGAAUAGUGGGGUUGGUGUGAAAAACAACAUCUUCGGUAUCCUGGUACUGGGGCUGUAUGAGGUACUGAUGGAGUAUACAUGCAUGUCUGACGACUUCAGCAAGGAGUCGUGUGAGCAGCUCCUUCAGCUGUUCCUGAACUACAACAAGCUUGCAGAAACUAUGAAGGAGAAGACGGCCAAGGGCAAGUCAGGAGGGGCCAAGGUCGCUCGCAGUCUUCUCACCAUCAGGUGUACAGCAAGAAUUCUCCAAGGACUCUUCAGUGACGACGUACCCCAACACCAGGAAGGGUUGUCUGUACUGCGGGAGAACACGGACUUGGUGCGCUUCAUCGUCAGCGUGGCUCAGCAGAAGAUUCAGCAAGUCUCCGACAAGGGGCACACGGACGGCAGCGAGGGGAGUAACAAGGACAAACUCUACAAGUACUGCUGCAACAUGGCAAGAGUUCUCCUACGGAAGUUCACCAGCGACCUGCAGGCACAUGGGGAGAGUGGAAGGAGGAGUAAGGGUAAGGCAGUCAGUGCCAUGUGUCUGGAGGGUUUCUGCACUAUUGUGAACAUCAUCUGCAGCAGGUAUCCUGACCAGGUGGCAGCCUUCCUUACACAGAUAGAACCAGGAGGUGAUGAUGCUGAUGAGGAGGAGGAGGCAGGCACCAAUAUGGAUGACCAGGAGAGAGUCAACUUCCACAUCAAGAGGUUCCAGCGCAUGGUGGUGAAUAUGGUGACAUCGUCAGACGAUGACGUCAGCCCACGUGAUGCGGUGCAGCUGGUGAAUGUCAUCUCCCUGCUGUCCUGCCAUCUCUCACCUGGCAGCGACCACCUGGUACAGCUGCAUGCUUGGGUCAACCGCCUGUGUACUGAGCAGAAUGUUGAUGACAGCGCCAUGACCAAGGCCCUGCUGUCCCUGCUGUUCAGCCUGACAGCACAGACCUCCACCAGCCUGACAGUUCUGCGGGACCUGGCACAGGACGUGCACAGUCAGAUGGGGGACAUCGACCAGGAUGUGGAUGUUGAGGACCAGACCCAGUUUGCGGUGGUGAACCCUCGCACGGCGACCCCCGUCAUGGCGCUGGUGGUGGGUCAGGUGGACAGGGUGCUGGAGGAGGUGGACUGGGUCAUCGGGAAGAUGAAGGCUGAACUGUCAGGGGGCAGUGCUGCAGCUGAGGAUGCCCCUUCCCAAGGCCCGACCCAGAGAGAGGGGCAUGAGAAGUCUGUGUGUGUGAGGCUGGGCACGCUGGUGACAGUGUACCACGAGCUGGUGCAGGCUGCCAUCCCCAUGGGAGCCAGCGUGGAAGCUCUGCUCAAGUCUCUCGUCAAGCUGUACAAUAACCUCACACUACUGGCCAAAUAUUACCUGGCCAUGUACACCCAGAAAGUGGGCCACCUGUCCCCCAGGUUUGAGAAGCUGGUGAAGUUGUCGGGAACACACCUGUCCCAGCAAGCCUAUGCUCUCAUCACAUACAUACAGGCUGCCCAGAAUGAAAAGCUGGCCCAGCGUGACCAACAUAAGGGGAAAGGAGGGAAGAAGAAGGACAAGACAUCAUCAGAUGCUGUAGGACAAGCCAGGAAGGCCCAGGUGCUGCGUGAAACCAAAUCCAUCCCUGUCCUCGUCUUUGCCAUCGAGCAGUACGAGCGCUACCUCAUCCAGCUCACCAAGAAGUCAAAGGUCAACCUGAUGGAGCACAUGAAGAUGAGCACAUCCAGGGAUUUCCGCAUCAAUACAGCGGCUGUGCAGAUGGCGCUACAAGGGGAGGAGGAAUCUAGCUCAGAGGAGGAGAAGGAGGGGUCGGAUCAUAACAGUGAUGGUGAAGCUGAAGAACAGGAGAACCAGGGCCCUCCGGCAAAGAAGGCGAAAACUGCAGCAGGGAAACUGUCCAAAGGGAAGGGGGGCAGGGCAAAGAAAGGACUGGCAGAAAGCAAUGAGUGAUAUAAACAACAGAAACAAUUACUGUAUGUCAAAGGAACUCGGCAAUGUGUCAUAUAUAUAUAUACUAAAGUGUGCCUUGAUAUUAAGUACUCCAAGACCAGUUUUACAGUUGGCCGGUAUGGCGAACCAGCUUAUUUCAGCUCUGUUUUAUUUGUUAUGUCACUUUGUUCAGAAUCUGAUAUAUGAUGUAUCCAAACUUUACUUCUAUAACACACUCUAAUGUAAAAAACAGGAUAUGGUAUUACAGUCUUUUAUGCGGAUAUUUCUUAUCAUUAACUUUGGCACACAUGAUGAACUGGUGUUUUUAUUACAUUUUUGUAUUUGAUAUCUGACAUGACAUCAUUAAUAAAAAGUAUACGUCACUA